GUCUCAGACGCGAUGGCUUCAAGGUUACUGCGGGGAGUACUGCGGGGAGCCGGGGCACUGGCGGUCCAGGCCUUGAGGGCCUCUGGCCCCGCUCGGGUGGCCGUUCGCUCCAUGGCGAGCGGAGGAGGUAUCCCUUCUGAUGAGGAGCAGGCUACUGGCUUGGAGAGAGAGAUUAUGAUCGCUUCAAGGAAUGAUUUGGAUCCAUACAAUAUGCUAGCCCCAAAGGCAGCUCCAGGGACUAAGGAGGAACCCAACCUGGUCCCUUCCAUUGAUGACAAGCGAAUAGUGGGCUGUAUCUGUGAAGAGGACAACAGUGCAGUCAUCUGGUUCUGGCUUCAUAAAGGCGAGACACAGCGUUGCCCUAACUGUGGAACCCAUUACAAGCUGGUACCCCACCAGUUUAGCCACUGAGCCCCUGAACUGGUUUACUUGAGAUGUGAUAUGUUUUCUUCCCUCCAAUAAAAGACUAGCCAUUUC